AAACACUCGAGCUUCAUUCACCAAGCGCACUCACUCAUUCCCCCGCUUCACCUGCACUACUUCUAGGAGAUGCUCUAAACAUGCCUCCUGAGCAUGGCGACAGUCCGAAUCUGUGUAUGCGGUGAUGAAGGAGUCGGAAAGAGCUCCAUUAUCACCUCGCUGGUCAAGGAUGUCUUCGUCACCACCAAAAUCCAACCCGUCCUCCCCCAAGUAACCCUCCCGCCGACCCUGGGCACCCCGGACAAUGUCACCACGACCAUCGUCGACACCUCCGCAUUAGUACACGAGCGCCAUACAUUGAGGAAGGAACUGCGGAAGUCCAAUGUGAUACUCUUGGUCUACUCGGACCACUACAGCUAUGAGCGGGUUGCGCUGUUUUGGAUGCCCUACUUCCGGACUGUGGGCGUGAAUGUGCCGGUCGUGCUAUGCGCCAACAAAUCAGAUCUCCAGUCCAGUGGGACAACGCCGCAAGUCGUGUCGGAUGAGAUGGUGCCGGUCAUGAACGAGUUCAAGGAGAUUGAUUCGUGCAUACGGACGAGUGCGAAGGAGCAUCACAAUAUCAACGAGGUCUUCUUCCUCUGCCAGAAAGCAGUCACACACCCUAUAGCUCCGCUGUACGAUGCAAAGGAAGCUGCCCUGAAACCUGCAGCUGUAUCUGCCCUCCAGCGCGUAUUCCAUCUCUGCGACAAGGACAAGGACGGAUACCUGAACGAUGCCGAAAUCCACGACUUCCAGAUGAAAUGCUUUGAGAAGCCCUUGGGAGAUGACGACCUUCGCAAUAUCAAACAGUCAAUACAACGGUUUGCGCCGCAAUCCGCCAGUGACGAGGGAAUAGAUGGGAAGGGGUUUCUGGUACUCAACAAGAUUUUUGCGGAGAAGGGCCGCCAUGAAACUAUAUGGAUUAUAUUGAGGAAGUUCCACUACACGGACAGCCUCAGUUUGAAGGACACCUUCCUACGACCCAAGUUCGACGUGCCCCAGUAUUCCUCAGCAGAACUCAGCCCCACUGGAUAUCGCUUUUUCGUGGAUCUAUUCCUGCUCUUCGACAAGGACAACGAUGGCGGAUUGAAUGACUCGGAGCUCAAAGCCCUAUUCAACCCCACCCCAGGAAUCCCACCCUCCUGGGUUGACUCUGCCUUUCCCUCGUGCACGGUACGGAACGAAGCUGGGUAUAUUACUCUCCAGGGCUGGCUGGCUCAGUGGAGCAUGACUACCUUUGAAGAACCCAAGACGACUUUGGAAUACCUCGCAUAUCUUGGAUUCGAAAGCACUGAUAGAGGAGGCACGACUACCGCACUAAAAGUCACAAAAGCACGCAAGAGACGCAACAAGCCAGGGAGAGUCGAGCGGAAUGUCUUCAAAUGCUACGUGCUGGGUGCCGGAGGCAGUGGAAAAAGCUCGCUCCUGUCCGCAUUCCUCAACAGGCCCUUCAGCCAAACCUACCACCCAACUAUCAAGCCUCGAACUGCAGUAAACAGUGUCGAGCUGAAAGGAGGCAAACAGUGCUACUUGAUCCUCGAGGAGCUGGGCGAGCUCGAGCCAGCAAUACUAGAGAACCAGGCCAAGCUCGACGCCUGUGAUCUCCUGUGCUACACAUACGACUCCAGCGAGCCCGAUAGCUUCGCUCAUAUCGUCGAGCUGAGGAAGAAGUUCCCUCAGUUGGACUUCUUACCCGCAGUUUACACUGCGCUCAAAGCUGACCAGGACAAGACUAUGCAGCGAUGCGAGCAGCAGCCAGACGAGUACACCAGCGCGUUGAAUAUGGCAGCGCCACUGCAUGUCAGUGCAACCUGGGGCAGCAUCUCGGAGCUGUUUGUCCAUCUAGCCGAAAGCGCCACUCACCCAUCGACAGCAUUCCCGAAGCUGGACGAUGAGCCCGUCGACCGCACGAACCUGUACCUUGCGCUGGCCGCGAUUGUUAGCGUAGCGGCAGUGUCUAUAGUGAUUUUGAAGCGAAAUCUGUCCGCUUCAGCGUAGACAUGAUGUUGGUUAGCAGGCCGGCAGGGACCCUGGAUGAUAGGAGUCGAUACUCGUAGUGUGUAAUAUAUAAUAGCAUGCCUCCAGCAAUAGCUCACGGCAUUAUGUGCAAGGGGUGGGGUGCUCUGCCUCACUGCACGUGCAGCCUUUCGAGGCUUUGUGGCUAUUUAUCUCCACAUGUGACUUGACGAAUUGUUGCUAUUUUUGCUGCAUGCGGCGUCCUUUCUUCGACCCUCUUCAGGCUUGCCAAGUGCGCCACGCGAGGCUAGACGGUUGCUGGUGUGGAUGGGUACAUAAACGGCAUCUGGGCGCUUCAACACACGGCGCUUAGAUAGUAGACCUAUGACAGUGCGGGUGAUGUAGAUGAGGCCGAGAGGGGCCUGGCCAUAGACCAUAGAUGAGAUAGGAGGUC